AAUAUAAAAAUAAAAGUUCAUUGUUUGUGCUGCUGGCAGAAUAACGUUACUAGUCCCAAAACGUCGGUGUUUUUUUUUAUUUUUAGUAGCCCGUAUUCACGAUUUGUGGAAGAAAGAAAAAAAACGACUCACCAUCGAGUCUUUCCACGAAGAAAUUAGGAACUCUCUGCCUGUAGAUGAACAGCCACGGGAAUAAGAGGGCACCGACCACAGCCACCCAGAGACUAAAGCAGGACUACCUCAGGAUAAAGAAAGACCCUGUGCCUUACAUCUGUGCUGAACCCCUACCAUCCAACAUCCUCGAAUGGCACUAUGUUGUUCGAGGUCCUGAGAAAACCCCAUACGAAGGGGGAUAUUAUCAUGGCAAACUAAUAUUCCCUCGGGACUUCCCCUUUAAACCACCCAGCAUCUACAUGAUCACACCUAACGGGAGGUUUAAGUGUAACACGCGGUUAUGCCUGUCCAUCACUGAUUUCCACCCGGACACGUGGAACCCAGCCUGGUCCGUCUCCACCAUCCUGACUGGUCUGCUCAGCUUCAUGGUGGAGAAAGGCCCUACUCUGGGCAGCAUCGAGACCUCUGACUACACUAAACGACAGCUGUCAGCCCAGAGCUUGGCUUUCAACCUAAAGGAGAAGGUUUUCUGUGAAUUGUUUCCUGAUGCCGUUGAUGAGAUAAAGCAGAAACAGAAGGCCCAGGAGGAGUUGAGUGCCCGUCCCCUCCCCCUCCCCGACGUGGUUCCUGACGGCGACCCCCAACACGGCAACUACGGAAUCCCCGCCCUCAACGGAGGCCACGGCCCUCUGGGCCCCGCUAACCCCGCCCCCGGCCUCCAGCAGGCCAAUCGGAACCACGGACUGCUGGGCGGCGCCUUGGCCAACCUGUUUGUGAUUGUAGGGUUCGCGGCGUUUGCCUACACGGUGAAGUACGUGCUGCGGAGCAUCGCCCAGGAGUGAGAGAGGAGAGAUGAAGGAGAGCAGAGGGUCAGCUACAGGACAAUUGUAUGAUUUAAACACAUUAUUGAUAGAAAUUCUGAGCCCCCCCCUCGAAGGAGGGAUGAAGAAGCAGGUGGGGGGGGGGGGGGGGGGGUUUAGGUGGGGAGGGGGGAGACUGGGACAGGGUUGUUUGGGAUCACGGUUGUUGAUCCACUCUGUGCUUUCGGUGGUUAUGACCUAAUACCAGGUGGUAGAAGAAGUGCUUGGCUCAUGGGUUGACCGCUGGCUCAGAACAUUUUCAAGUAAUUGUUCUUCUCUGCCUAUUUACUCUGAAGCCACUGUAUUGUUAGUGUUCUGUGUGCUAGAUACAUUUUCAAUCUAUUGUGCCGCCAUAUUGGUGGGUCCCUGUGGAGAGAAAAAAGAAAAAGACAAAAAAAAAAUAACGUGGAUUUUGAACCAUGUUUUCAUUCUGCCUGUUCCAGUUCCACAAAGUAUGUCUUAAGUGGGGAUAGAUAGCCCUCUGUUGCCCGGGAAACAAGGUUCAGACUCACUUGGGUAAGUGUUGCCCUUCUGUCCUGUGUCACCUUAGACAGGUAAGACAGACUCCACCCCCCUCCCCCCCCAGGUGUCCUGAGAAACACACAGGAAGGAGUCUGUGUAAUAUAAUGUCAAUGAAACCCUGGCUUUUAAGUAAGAUCUGGGACACGUUGAGAUCUACCUUGAUGUAUUUGCUAAACACACACAGUGACAACUGAUUUAGGAUUCAGUCCCGAAACCCCGGGGGGGGGGGGGUUCGGGCCUGAGUCCUAAAUCCGUUGUCACUGUGUGUUUAGCAAAUACAUCAAGUUAGAUCUCUACGUGUCCCAGAUGGCCCCCUAUUCCCUUUGUAGUGCACUACUUUUGACCAGAAACCUAUAGGGCUCUGGUCUAAAGUACUGCACUAUAUAGGUGAUAGGGUGCCAUUUGGAACACCGGCUCAGUCAGUCUGUCUGUUGUGGCUUUUUCCCAAAAUGGCUGACUCCCCCCUCUGGGUGUCUUCUUCAGCAUGUGUUCAUAAUACCAUUGUCACGCUUCAUUUAUCAUCCGGUCUGGUUGAAACCAUAUACACGACUCGCAGGUUUGGCCCGUUUUAAUCACUGGCAAUGCUGGCCUUUUUUUUUUUUUUUUAUGGGGUUAUUAGUUGGAAAAGAGUGGGGUUGUAAGGAUAAUGAGGAAGUUGGUUGAAAUUACAUAAGUCAUUCGUCCUGGGAUGUGUCACAUAAGAAUGGAAGACCUGGGGAACUGAACCGCUUAGCUGGCUUUAGAGCAUGCUGUCUGUCUGUGUCUUUACAAUGCUACUGACCCACUCAAACAUUUUGAAAAGAGAAGUAUGGACAUGGUGGAUAGGUUAACUAUAGUAGUGGAAUAAUUAGGUUAUAAAUAGUAACCUAUUUAAAUAGUUAUCUCAAGACAGUUGAUUCUGCCUAUAUACAUUUUAAUUCUACUGAAGCAAAAUAUGAACUCAACAUGUAAAGGGUUGGUUUCAUAAAAGAUGCCAGACCGGUUCCGUAUGUACAAGUGUUUCUCAAAAAUGUUGGGCACAAAUGUGUUUACAUCCUUGUUAGUGAGCAUUUCUCCUUUUUUCCAAGUGGCAUAUCAAGAAGCUGAUUUAAACGGCAUGAUCAUUCCACAGGUUCACCUUGUGCUGGGGGCGAUAGAAGGCCACUCUCUAAAAUGUGCAGUUUUGUCACACAAAGCAAUGCCACAGAUGUCUGAAGUUUUAAGGGAGUGUGCAAUUGGCAUGCUGACUACAGGAAUCUCCACCAGAGUUCCUGCCAGGGAAUUGAAUGUUCAAUUCUCUACCAUAAGCCGCCUCAAUGUCGUUUUUUUUGUGGGGGGGGGGGCAGUACAUCCAACCGGCCUCACAACCACAGACCGUGUGUAACAACGCCAGCCCGGGAUCUCCACGUCGUCUGAGACCAGCCACCCGGAUCGCUGAUGAAACAGAGUAUUUCUGUCUGUAAUUAAAGCCCUUUUGUGGGGAAAAACUCAUUCUGGUUGGCUGUGCCUGGCAUCCAAGUGGGGUGGGCCUGGCAUCCAAGUGGGGUGGGCCUGGCAUCCAAGUGGGGUGAGCCUAUGCCCACCCAUGGCUGAGCCUUUGCCAAGUUAAGUGAAAUCCAUAGAUUAGGGCCUAAUGAAUUUAUUUCAAUUUGAUUGAUUUCCUUAUAAGAACUGUAACUUGGUGAAAUUGUUGCAUGUUGUUUUGUUUUUUUCUUCAGUAUAGCUAAAUUCCCCAUCUUAAAAUACCAUGUCAACCUACCUGUGUGUUUUGGUAUAGCUGAUAUAUGUUUAUGUUUGGGUGAGUUCCAAUACGUGCUGUGGGUCAUUCCAUUGGUCAUCAGGCUCGUCUUUAAACCAUGACAAAGGACAUCAAAAAGACCGACUGACGAGAGCACUCAAUAGGAAAUGGGGUAGGAGAUAAGAGUUGACUCGUCUCUCGGCUGGUGUUUUGUUGUCAGUCAACCCAACCCGUGAGCCAAGGCAGUUAAAUCCAGCGCUGUCAAUCUCUCAUGUUGCGCUGAAACGGGGAUCUCCAAGGUGCUUAGCUGACCAUUUUUUUUAACAACACAUCGCUCUAUAUAGGCCCCAAUAAGGAGACGACAGUCUAUAUAGGCCCCGAUGAGGAGACGACAGUCUAUAUAGGCCCCGAUGAGGAGACGACAGUCUAUAUAGGCCCCGAUGAGGAGACGACAGUCUAUGUAGGCCCCAAUGAGGAGACGACAGUCUAUGUAGGCCCCAAUGAGGAGACGACAGUCUAUGUAGGCCCCAAUGAGGAGACGACAGUCUAUAUAGGCCCCAAUGAGGAGACGACAGUCUAUAUAGGCCCCAAUGAGGAGACGACAGUCUAUAUAGGCCCCAAUGAGGAGACGACAGACUAUAUAGACCCUGAUGAGGAGACAACAGCACAUGGAGAAGUAAACCUUUGUGUUUAAUAUUUCAUUUUAUAUAAUAGUAGCCAUGGUGUGGCAGUCUGUUAGAUCGGGAACCAGCUUUCUUGUCCCUAGCAGUGUACAAAAUGGCACCUUAUUCCAUGUCUUGUUCACUGCUUUUGACCAGAGCCUUUGGGACACAUCCCGUCUUGCCAAACAGGACAGGGCUGAGAGAAGAGCUGGUUAAUGUGAAAACACACCAGCACCUCCCUGGCUAGUAGAAUUACUCAUUUACAUUGCAUUUAGUGCAGAUUGUUCUACAGUGUAGCCUACUUUUGACUUCAGAAAGCAGAAGGAAAAACAAUAAGUUCAGAUAAUAGCAGAAGACUUGAACAAGGAUCUUUUUGUCUCUUGUUCUGCCCCUUUUUUUAACGAUAGUUUGAGAUGCACAGCAAAAAACACACAAAUUCCACGCUUCAUAAUUAUCUCAUUUUGAAAUUGUAUGUUUUCAUAGUUAAUGCAAAUAAAUGUACCCCGCCAUUUUAGAGAA